AUGCGCUUCUGGUGGCCGGACUGGCACUCCGAGCGCUCGCCGUCCAGCGACAGCGAGUGCUCGACGGACGACCACUCCAUUCUCGCCAGCGACGGGUCGUUAUACGACGCGUCAUCUGACGCUGAGACUGGGGUGGAUUUCGACCUAUCGCCGUCCUCUAUCCUCGAUGACACGCAACUCGUCAUCGGGGAUAGGACGGCUGCAAAUCACAUGCGCCUGUUCCCGAAACGUUCUGCCGUCCCUAUCCCACUUGAAGUGGGACCAUACGGGAUGGAACGAGCCGACAUGGGACAGGCGCAUCAAAAAAUUUAG